AUGUCGCAACGCAGAUCGAGUUCUCGAAUCCAAGCAGCUAAGCUGAAAGAAGUCGAAGAGGUGAAGCUACGACGGAGUGUAGAGGUGGUUGAAGAACGAAAGAAAUCGAGCGUGGUUGUGACGGCUAAGGGGAAGUCGAACAAGCGCGUUAAGAAAAGUCACGGCGAGGAAGAGAGCGCGGUUAAAGAAGAGGUUGUGUCUGAUUUGCAGACGAAGAGCAAUGAAGAGGUUGCUUCGGAGAAGCAGAUGAAGAAGAAGUCUGCACUGGAUGCGAAGCGUGAGCUGAUGGAAGUUUGGGAUGAAAAAAUGAAGGUGGAUUCGGAAAAUCCAGCUGAUGCAUCAGCUGAAAAGAGUUAUGCCGCUAAGGUGAAAGAUACGAUUAGAGUGUUUAAUAAACACUAUCUCCAUUUGGUUCAGGAAGAAGAGGAGAGGUGUGUUCAAGCAAGAACCGAAGCCGAGAAGAAGAACAAAUCUCCCAAGAAAUCUCCUGCGAAGAAAUCUACUAAAAACUCUAAAUCAUCUGCUGGAAAGAAAAAUGCUAAGAAAGAUACGUUGCCUACAGAACCAAAGACCCCUGCCAAGCGACCUGAUCUGAAGGCCUUAACCAAGAUGAUGCAAAAUAAUGAGAUACUGUUCCCUGAAAAAAGAAUUGGCGAUAUUCCAGGUGUCGAGGUUGGAUAUCAGUUCUAUUCUCGUGCGGAAAUGGUGGCUAUUGGUUUUCAUAGCCACUGGUUAAAUGGCAUUGACUAUAUGGGCCAGUCUUAUUCCAAAGAGUACAACAGCUACAAUCUCCCAGUUGCUGUGGCCAUUGUUAUUUCUGGAAUGUAUGAAGAUGACCUUGAUAAUGCCGAAGAUGUCAUUUACACUGGUCAAGGUGGCCACAACCUGACUGGUAAUAAGCGUCAAAUGGGAGAUCAGAAAAUGGAGCGGGGUAAUUUGGCACUUAAGAACUCUUCAGAGCAAUGUGUGCCAGUAAGGGUAAUUCGAGGUCACAACUCUCGUGACAGUUAUACUCGUAAAGUUUAUACAUAUGAUGGAUUGUACAAGGUUGUCAAUUAUUGGGCAGAGAAGGGAAUAUCUGGCUUCACAGUCUACAAGUUUCGGCUUAGGAGGGUUGAUGGACAGCCUACUUUAACCACGAAUCAGGUUUAUUUCACAAGUGGACGCGUACCUCAGUCUGUUGCAGAAAUACGAGGGCUGGUAUGUGAGGAUAUCACUGGAGGUCAGGAAGAUGUCCCCAUACCUGCUACAAAUUUGGUUGAUGAUCCCCCUGUUCCACCUACAGGUUUCAAAUAUUUUAAGUCUCUCAAGGUUGCAACAAGUGUUAAGCUUCCUGUGAAUGCCUCUGGGUGCAAAUGCAAAGGCAGUUGUACUGAUCCAAAAACCUGUGAAUGUGCGAAGCGCAAUGGCUCUGAGUUUCCCUAUGUAUCUAAGGAUGGUGGCAGAUUGGUUGAAGCUAAAGAUGUCGUGUUUGAAUGUGGCCCCAAUUGUGGUUGUGGUCCUAGUUGUAUGAAUCGGAUUUCUCAAAAAGGACCUCGAUAUCGUCUGGAGGUUUUUCGCACUGCAAAAAAAGGAUGGGCUGUACGAUCCUGGGAUUUUAUUCCAUCUGGGGCACCCGUGUGUGAGUACACGGGUAUUCUCGGCAGGACUGACGACGUAGACAGUUGUUUAGAAAACAACUAUAUAUUUGAGAUCGAUUGCCUCCAGACUAUUAAAGGUCUUGGGGGAAGGGAGAGGCGGUCGCAAAAUGUACCAUAUGCUGCCAAUCUUUUGGACAAAUAUGAUGACCAAAGUCCCGAUAGUGCACCGGAGUUUUGUAUUGACGCAGGAUCUACUGGAAACAUUGCUAGGUUUAUUAACCAUUGUUGUGAGCCUAAUUUGUUUGUACAAUGUGUUUUGAGCACACACCAUGAUUUGCGUUUGGCUCGAGUGAUGCUGUUUGCUGCUGACAACAUACCCCCUUUACAGGAGCUGACAUAUGACUAUGGCUACGCUCUUGAUAGCGUCUUGGACUCUGAUGGGAAGAUAAAGCAAAUGGCGUGUUACUGUGGAGCUUCAGGCUGCAGAAAGCGAUUAUUCUAA